CAGUCACAGCAGCUUACUAACCUCCUUAACUCUCAGUCACAGCAGCUUACUAACCUCCUUAACUCUCAGUCACAGCAGCUUACUAACCUCCUUAACUCUCAGUCACUGCAGCUUACUAACCUCCUUAACUCUCAGUCACAGCAGCUGAUGGACACUGUAUUGACAAAAUGAAAGCAAUAUUGUAUAGUUUUUUCCUUGGCUGUUUACUUUUAGUGUGGGGACAAGUGUCUCCAAUAUUGUCCACACCUGUCUCCAUCUAAACUCACCACAGGAAGCGAGGGAACAUGACUGUAGCACCCCAGAAGAGUUGGUGCUGCAAGAAAUUCUGAGAAUUUGUUCUGUUGUGUUGCGGUGCGCCGGAAACGCAGUAAUAAAUGACGGACCUGUAAGUUUUUUUUUAGUGGUCAAUUUUUUAGGGCACUACAGCAAAUGAGAGAGUGGUUGCCGUGGUUAAAUCCGAGCCCUGCGGAUAACGAAGUUUAUCGCCUGUUUCACUACAUGUAACAUUUUGUUUUUCCUAGUCUGGCUUCUAGAAGAAUGUCAAAUGUCGUGGAAUCAGUGCUCCUCAACACUCAAAAAGUUGGGAGCAUCCUCUGUUUUCAAAGAACGAAAUGGGCGUGGAAGCUCCGCCCCCAGGCGUGUUGCCUGGAUACCAGCUGAGAGUCAAGAAAUGGGCGUGGAAGCUCCGCCCCCAGGCGUGUUGCCUGGAUACCAGCUGAGAGUCAAGCUUGCUUCCUCCAUCAGUGUCAAGCAUCAGAGGACCGCUCACUUUUCAAGCGUCUGUCAGUUCCUUCAUCACCAUGACGCAACAGUUCCAGAGCCUCUCUGAGGCCCAGAAGAAAGAACUCCACGAGACUGCACUGCGCAUUGUGUCUCCAGGGAAGGGCAUCUUGGCUGCAGACGAGUCAGUAGGCAGCAUGGCCAAGCGUCUGGCCCAAGUAGGCGUGGAGAACACAGAAGAGAACCGCCGGCAGUUCCGUCAAAUUCUGUUCAGUGCGGACGACCGAAUCAACAGCUGCAUCGGAGGAGUCAUUUUCUUCCACGAGACGCUCUACCAGCACUCGGACAGUGGAGUCAACUUUGUGAAAAUGAUCCGGGACAGGGGCAUCCUGGUUGGCAUCAAGGUGGACAAGGGCGUGGUUCCUCUGGCAGGAACCUGUGGAGAAACCACCACCCAGGGUCUAGAUGCUCUAUCAGAGCGUUGUGUCCAGUAUAAAAAGGAUGGCGCUGUCUUUGCAAAGUGGCGCUGUGUGAUGAAGAUCAGUGACGUCAACCCCUCCCAGCUGGCCAUUACACACAACGCCAAUGUUCUGGCUCGCUACUCCAGCAUCUGCCAGCAGCAUGGCAUUGUGCCCAUCAUUGAGCCAGAACUCUUACCUGAUGGAGACCACGACCUGAAGCGCUGCCAGUACGUGACUGAGAAGGUCUUAAGUGCCGUCUACAAGGCCAUGUCAGACCAGCAUGUGUACCUGGAAGGCACCCUCCUCAAGCCCAACAUGGUCACCCCCGGCCACAGCUGUCCCAGAAAGUACAGCCCGGAGGAUGUCGCCAUGGCAACCCUCAUCUGCCUUGGCCGCACCGUCCCUCCCGCGGUGGCAGGUGUGGCCUUCCUGUCAGGAGGUCAGAGCGAGGAGGAGGCGUCCGUCCACCUGAACGCCAUCAGCAAGUGUCCUCUGGUCAAGCCCUGGGUCCUCACCUUCUCCUUCGGCCGGGCUCUGCAGGCCUCGGCCCUGCGAGCAUGGAGGGGCCACAAAGAGAACCAGAAGGCUGCCACCGAGCAGUUCAUCAAAAGGGCCCAGGUCAACAGUCUGGCAUGUCGAGGGAAGUACACGGGCGCCGAAAACUACCCAGAUUCCGCCCACGGCAUCUAUAGCUCCUGCUACUCUUACUGAACCAGCCCGGCAGAUUCCUCCUCUCAUACAACUUAUGACUGACAUCAUUCAAUACAACAUUGCAACACACAUCAUGCUCUUCUUGGACUUUUACAAACCACUGGACUCACUGGACUCACUGGACCAGGACCAGGACCAGGACUUCCUGAUUCUCGUGCCGGAACACUGGAUUUGGUUUGAAGUUUCAGGAGUUAAUUAGAGGACUUAAUGAUAAAAUGAAUAGUUGUGUCUUACUUGUCAAGAUGUCUCUUAUCACCUUCUUUGAAAUAAUGCUCAGUCAGCAGAUGAAACAACUCUUCUCCUAAAAAAGGAAGAACAAAUUCCAGCUGCUAUUGAAAAGAUUGAAGAAUUUUUUCAUGUAUGACAACUUUACCUUUAAUGUUGUUUCCUGUCCAUCAAUGUGUGAAUAAAACAUGUUUUGCAUGUCCUUUAAA